AGAUGACCUACUUCCAUGGUUCUUUAUUUCAUGCAUUGAAAAUGCACAGUUUGGAUGGCACAGCGAACUUAGUUAGUUGGAUGGUAAAAUCUAGGAGCAUAACUUAAUUUCAAUAAUUUAAUUUUCAAAAUGCUGCAUUUGGAUGAACCAUUGGUUAUAACGCCCACACUCCAAAUUUCAACCUCAAAGAAAUAAACAAAAAUGUUGCACCCAUUUUCAUUUCGUUGCUCCAACCAUGCUUCUACCACACCGUUUCCUUCCUUAUUACUCCUCAAUACUACGUCGUUUCACCUCGCAGGUAAAUCUCCCACUUUCCCGUUUCUUCGCCGGCCGUUCAAUCCACCGGCGCUCCGGUCAGUUCACCAUGUGAGAGCUGUUUCGUCUUUACCACUCUUUGAUUUCAGCGGAGGCAAAGGCAUGAGUGGGUUCUGUGAUGUUGAACUAAAAGUUCGCGAUUAUGAAUUGGAUCAGUUUGGUGUGGUCAACAAUUCUGUUUAUGCAGGUUAUUGCCAACAUGGUCGUCAUGAAUUUUUGGAAAGCAUAGGCAUUAAUUGUGAUGCCGUGGCUCGCUGUGGUGAUGCAUUGGCAUUGUCUGAACUAUCCUUCAAAUUCCUUGCACCUCUAAGAAGUGGAGACAGAUUUGUCGUAAAAGUUAGAGUUUCUGGCUCUUCAGCUGCACGCAUAUACUUCGAUCACUUCAUCUAUAAGCUACCAAACCAAGAGCCUAUUUUGGAAGCCAAGGCCACAGCAGUGUGGCUUGACAAAAACUAUCGUCCUAUUCGAAUUCCGGCAGAUAUUAAGUCUAAAUUUGUUAAAUUUAUUCGCAAUGAAGACUCGUGAUGCAUAUUUCAGAUGAACAUUUGAUUGAUUGAUCAUUGCAAAAGUUAACUGUUUUUGUACUUGCCUUAAACUUGUCAUGUGUAUAGGCAAGGAGGUAGCGGUACUGUAGCACCGGGUAGCACCAUUCUAUAAUGCAGAGUCCAGUAAUAUUAAAGAAUCAAAGGCCUACUGUAAACCAAGAAAAAUACUCUUCUCACUUAUGAAAUUGCUCAUUCCCUUAUAUCAGCGACAGUUAACCGUCGCUGAUAUAAGAGAAUGAACAAUUUUGAAAGGGACAAGAGCAAUUUUCGUAAACCAAAUUCUAGCAAUACUAAACAAUUUAGUUAUAGCAGUAUAGGGACUUUUGCCUCUUCUUAGUUUAUGUGAAAUACCUUCAUAAGGUCGUCAUAAGAAAUUGCUUAGUUUCUUAUGCUGUUGAGAAAUUUCUUGGAGGUAUUCAUGUGAAGUUGUUGAAUUUUUUUUUGACAAUGUGAAAUUAAAUUCAAAAUUUAAACUUUA